CAGCUGUUGCUUGUUUUGUAUUUUGUUUUAAUACCGGCAUUAAAAAAAGAAAGUCCAAUAAAAUUCUUAUAAAUUUGUAUUAUAAAAAAAUAAAAAAUGUUUUGCUUGCACAACUUUGCUCUGCGAAAUAAAUCUAAAGCCCUAAACCUACGUCGAUACAUCUCAGUACUCUAUCUAACUGGUGACAAAGCCAAAGAAAAUUAUGUCCCACUUGUUCCAUACAUGGACUUCCAAAAACGACUUGAUGAUUUGUCUUUAUUAAAAGAAAACACUAAAAGACGUGGCUUGAAUGUUGACUUGGAAUCUCUCAAAACUAAAUAUGAACAUUAUUUACAUUUACAAAAUGAAAAAGCCAAUUUAGAACAAGCUAGGGAAGAGAUAAGUAAAAAGAUGAAAAAGAUAGAUAAGGAUUCAGAUAACCAAGCAAUCGAUGAACUCAAAACAAAUGGCAUUGCUUUACGAAAUGCUCUUAAAACCAUCAAAGAAAGUAUUUAUCCUGUGGAAGAGGAUUUUAUUCAACAAUUUCUUCAUCUUCCCAACGAAUUGCAUAAAAAGUGUCCCCAAGGUAAUGAAGAAGCACUCAUUUAUAGAAAUAGUCUUCCACCGCAAGACAGUUCCCCAGAACUCUCCCAUCUAAAACGAACAGAUUUAAUUCACUAUCAAGACAGAGACAGUUAUUACUUACUCGACGAUGCCGCUCAAUUUGAACUCGAUUGCACUCACCUUUGUCGAGAUCUUUUUGUCAGGAAUGACUUUGUUUCAAUGACAAAUCCUGAUUUUACAAGAAAAGUUCUAAUGGAAGCCAAUCUUACACCUUCAGAUCGAUAUCAAGGAGUCUACGAAGAAGACCAGAGGCAUCAUUUGAAUUCUGCAUUCCUCACCGGUGGAGGAUCUUUUGAGAGCUUCCUUGGACAUUUGGCGAAACUUUUCGUCUAUCCAUCGGUUCUCCCACUGCGAAUGGUCAGUUCCGGCAGACAAUACAAUUCCAAAGAAGGAAUUCCUUCCGAAAUGGGUCUCUAUUCGGCAAUACAAUCGAACUCGGUCCAGACUCUUGUUGCAAGUAGUUCCCUUGAAGAAGCCGAUCGUCAAAUGGAUGAAAUACUUAAUUUAGCUGUGGACUUUUACAAAGGACUUGGUUUACAUUUUAAAAUAGUUUUUGUCAAACCAUCAGCACUCACACCGAGUGAAUCAUUAAGAGCAUCGAUUCAAGUUUAUUCACCAGCUUAUUCCAAGUAUAUGGAAGUUGGAAGUGUAAGUCAUUACUUGGAUUUUGUUUCACAAAGAAUUCUAUUUAAUACAAAAGACAAGAAAGAAACAAAAUUCUUGCAUUUAGUUGGUGGUCCAAUUGUACAAUCGUCUAUACUGAUUGCGGCAAUGAUUGAAAACCAAGUGCCACUGAGUGUUCCACAGAAUUGCAAGCAAAAAACACAAGUUGAAGUUUUUAAAAGUCUGUUUGAUUAAAUCAAUAAAUUUUUUCA